CUCCGUCUCUGAGCGGAUCCGGGGCUGAGCUUCCUGGCUCAGACGCUGCUGCCGCCUCCAUUGUGAGCCGGGAGCCCGGGCUGAGCCGUUGCUGCUCCCCAGCGGGGUCUGUGCGGGGAGAGCCCCGCACUAACCCCUCUGGGCCCAGCCGGGGGGACUUGCUCCAGUGGCUGGAACCAGCCCCUGGGGCAGCCCCGGGCUCUGCCGACACCAGCCCCUGAGCCGGAGCCUGCAGCAGCCAGUGACCUUCAAGGAGGUGCCUGAGUAUUUUCCUGGGGCAGUGGGCUCUGCUGGACCCCAGUCAGAGAGCUCUCUACAGGGACGUCAUGCAGGAGAAUUCUGAGAUUGAGACCUUGCUGGAGGUUCCCAUUCCUGCCAGCACAGGGAGUGGCUCCUGUCUGGAUUCUCUCUCUGUUCCAGCAGGUGAUGGGACAGUGAGAAAGAAUGAGGAAGAGAAUCUGCAGCAGGAAGGUGUCAAGCGAGUGGAAUUGCCCAGGAUGUUAUUGCGACAUCCUGAAGGGAACGUUUCCCAGAGCCUGGAACAAGGGACUGACAGGUGGAAUCUGCGCAGGUCCCUUAGGCAGAAAGGAAAACGGCCUGUGGAGAGAGAGCUCAAAGAAACCGUCCACCAAGAAAUCCCCACUGGAGAGACACCGAACAUGUGUAGUGAGUGUGGGAAGAACUUCCGGUGGAGAUCAGCCCUUAUUGACCACCAGAGAAUCCACACAGGAGAGAGGCCCUAUCAGUGUGACGAAUGUGGGAGAAGCUUCAGCAGGAGUUCGAACCUUGCUACCCAUCAGAGACUGCACACGGGAGAGAGACCCUACAAAUGCCCUGACUGUGGGAAAGGCUUUAAUCACAGCUCCAAUCUUUCUGCACAUCAGAGAACCCACACAGGAGACCUACCUUACAAGUGUCCCGAGUGUGGGAAAAGCUACAGCGUGAGCUCCUACCUCCUGAGACAUCAGAAAAUCCACACAGGCGAGAGACCCUAUAAGUGUGAUGAGUGUGAAAAGAGUUUUGGCCAGAGCUCAACCCUUGUUAUUCACAAGAGAGUGCACACGGCAGAGAAGCCCUAUAAAUGCCUUGAGUGCGGGAAAUGUUUCAGGAACAGCUCUGACCUUAUUAGACACCAGAGAACCCACACAGGAGAAAGACCUUAUGAAUGCAGCAAGUGUGGGAAAAGUUUCAAUGAGAGCUCACACCUCACCAGGCAUCAGAAAACCCACACACGGGAGAGAUCCUAUAAAUGCCUCGAGUGCAAUAAAUGUUUCAAGAACAGCUCCAGGCUCAUUAGACACCAGAGAACCCACACAGGGGAGAAAUCCUAUAAAUGCCCUGACUGCGAGAAAAGCUUCAAUCGGAGCUCAAACCUCAUUGUCCAUCAGAGAUCCCACAUGCAGCAAAAGCCCUACAAGUGCCUGGACUGUGCUAAAACCUUCAGCUGCAGCUCACAGCUGAUCAGGCACCAGAGGAUCCACACAGGAGAAAAACCCUAUAAAUGCCCUGACUGCGGGAAAAGCUUCACCGUAAGCUCACAACUGACUUCCCACCAGAGACUCCACACUGGAGAGAAGCCCUAUGGAUGCCCUGAGUGCGGGAAAAGCUUCCGUCACAGCUCAGGACUUGUGUCACAUCAACGGAAACACAGGAAGGAGGGCUGCCCUGUGACUGUCCCCAUUGUGAUGACAGCCCAGACUUUAUUGCAUAUUACAGUGAUGCCCGUGCAAAGCAGCAGUGCCUAGAUCCCACGCAGGAGAAAGACACUAUACAUCUGUAGAAUGGGUUGAAACUUUCCCAUGAAAACUAUUUUUGAUAGAAAAUUGUGGGGGUUGAUUUGACCCGUUUUUGUGAAAAGUGUCAAGUGUCUGGGUUUUUUUGAGUGUGGGGGGGGGAAUUGGUGGUUGGGGGGGAGGGGUUGGCAAAAAACUGCCCUGAACUUGAAUAUUUUGCUUUGGAAAUGUUGCUACAUUGCCUCAUAGGAGUUAUAGUUCGGUUGUCUUCCUCCUGUACCCAAUCUCCCCUAUGGGCCAGGCUCUCAGCUGGAUUACAUCUCCCAUGAUGCACCAUCUCCCUUCUCUAAGAAUAUGUCUGCACUGCAGCUGGGAGCAUGCUUCCCAAAUUGGGCAGACAGCACAUGCUAGCUCUGCUCAAGUUAGUAUGGUGAAAAUUGCAAAAUGAGCUAGGGCGGCAGCUCGAGCCAGCCACCUGAGUACAAACCGACCCAGACUACCCCUGGCUAUGCUGCUAUUUUAGUGCACUAGUUUAAGCAGAGCUAGCACAUGUCUGUCUACUCGCUCUGGGAUGCACCCUCCCAGCUGCUGUGUAGAUGUACCCCAAGAGGGAAAAGUAUGGUGCAUCAUGGGACAUAUAGGUGAACCUGGCCUAUAGAGAACAAUUCAGGCGUGAGAUAUCCACGCUAUAACUUGCAUGAGGUACUGUGGUGACAUUUCCCAUUCAAAAUAUUUCUGGUUUUGGCCAAAAUUUUCUGUUGGGUGUAGAAGCAUUUUUCACAAGCUAAAGAUGAGUUGAAUAUGACUCAACAGUGUAACACUAUUGCAAAAAAAGCAAACAUCAUUCUGAGAUGUAUUAGCAGGAGUGUUGUAAGCAAGACCCAAGAAGUAAUUCUUUCGCUCUACUCCAUUCUGAUUAGGCCUCAGCUGGAGUAUCGUGUCCAGUUGCGAGCACCACAUUUCAGAAAAGAUGUGGACAAAUUGGAGAAAGUCCAGAAAGGAGCAACAAAAAUGAUUAAAGGUCUAGAAGACAUGACCUGUGAGCAAAGAUUGAAAAAACUGGGCUUGUUUAACUGGAAAAGAGAAGACUGAGAGGGGACAUAAUAAUAGUUUUCAAGUACAUAAAAGGUUGUUACAAGAAAGAGGGAGAAAAAUUGUUCUUCUUAACCUCCGAGGAUAGGACAAGAAGCAGUGAGCUUCAAUUGCAGCAAGGGCAGUUUAGGUUGGACCUUAGAAAAAACUUCCUAACUGUCACAGUGGUUAAACACUGGAAUAAAUUGCCUAGGGAAAUUGUAGGAUCUCCAUCAUUGGAGAUUUUUAAGAACAGGUUAGACAAACACAUGUCAGAGAUUGUCUAGAUAAUACUUAGUCUUCCUCUGAGUGCAGGGGACUGGAUUAGACGACCUUUCGAGGUCCCUUCCAGUCCUACACUUCUAUGAUUUACUAGUUCAAAAAUCUCUUCCUGAAGAGGAGGCUUAUUAACCAUGAAACAACCAGCAAAGGAAAGAACUAGAUUGACCUCCCCUCCGAUUAAAGGUGUGAAAGCAGGACACACCUCAGGAUCCAAACACUAAAAAAAGGAAAUAGGCAGCAAUUAUUAAAAUUAGGUAGAGCAUUUAAACACAAUCAUACAAUACAGGCUACUGUCGGCCCCCUUGCAACCACCUCUCAUGGAAGUGCCACUUGCAUCCCCGCAACUGCAAGACAUUAUCCCACAGUACGGCACUCCCACUAGACAGCUCCGGCAGCACUGGUGUGCCAUAGACUUCAUGAGUUUGUGAUGCACUGGCGGGAUCUUUGUGUUAUUGCAUAGGAAUAUGCUUAACACGCUACUGGACAGCAGCGUAGUUGUAGCUGUGUCAGUCCAAGGUUAUUAGAGAGAUAAGGUGUGGGAGUAAUAACUUUUACUGGACCAAAUUCUGUUGGUGAGAGAGACAAGCUUUCAAGCCACAGAGAGCUCUUCUUCAGGGCUGGGAAAGGUACUCUGAACAUCACAGCUAAAUGUAAGUUGGAAUAUUGUUUAACAUAAGUAAUUAGCACAUAGGGACCAUUAGCACUCAGAUACUAUGGUGGGGAGCGCAGUAUCUAUAUAAAAAAUAGAUAAAAUAGAACAUAGGAUUGGAAGGGACUCUGUGUCACUGAGUCCAGUUCCAUAAUACUACAGGCAACCCCAGCAUCUACUCCGAUUCAUAAAUGUACCAAGCUCAAUCUUAAAACUAGUAAAGUUGUUUGGCCACCACUCCUCAUGAUGGGAGGCUGUUCCAGAACCUCACUCCUCUGAUGGUUAGAAAUCUUCUCAAUUCCAGUCUAAACACAUGUGUGACCAGUUUAUACUCAUUUGCAGCUUACCUCUGGGGUGGGUGGGGUUCUGUACCGGUGAAAAGGAGAACACAGUUAUAAGUUAAUGGUUUGUGGUACAGUUGUUAGUGACUUUCACAUUUUGUCAACAGAAUGGACUAUUUAUUGGUGAAUUGCGUAUUGGCAAAUAUGGUGAGUGGAAAUUAUCAAAGCCUACAGAUUAACUGGCAGAUCUUUGACACUCUGUACUUGGUUACUGAAGGAAGUUGUGUUAACAUGUUAACAAAAGGUGUGAAUUUAAAAUGAUUUAGUUAAAUCAAUGCAAACUCAUUUAUGGACAUUCUUAUUUUGAUUUAAGAGUGGCCAAUUGCAGUGUAGCUUCAGUCAAUAAUGAAUAAGGUGAAGUUAGCUGAAAUAAGCCACUCUUCAAAUGUGAGGGUUACACUGAUUUUCUAAAUCAUUUCUUUAACCCAUUAAGUCAGUGCAAAAGCUGUGUGUGAAGCAGGACUCUGCUCACAUUUUCAAGGUGGUAUUUGCACACAUAACCAAUCGAACCAAAGAUUAUCUUUAUCAGUUGAAAAAUUUACAAUCCGACCAAAGAUUAUCUUCGCUAACUGGUAAAGACUGAUGUUUCUAUUGUAUUUUGGAUGUAGCUAUAACUUCCAUUGAA